UGGGACGCGCGCGUGGAGAGAAGGACGCGCCUCAUCUGUGCAUUCCGCAUUCCCGAGCCACUCUCCCCGCCCACUGAAGCCCGCCUUCUUGCUAUUAUCAUGCCUCGAGUGGCCACGACCAGCAUCAUCUCACGUGCCCGCACGUCGCCUGUGAACGGCUGCGGUGGCAAGCACCAGUGCACGGAGUGCAUCAAGAGCUUCAGGCGGUCGAGCGAUCUGGAGCGGCACUUUAUUGCGAAGCAUCUGCCUGCGCAAGAGCGGGACAAGUACAUGAAGUACUGCACGUUUCCGGGGUGCAGUCACAAGUCUCUGCAGAAAUCGAACCUCGAGACGCACUACAUCUCUCAGCACACGCAGACCAAGCCGUACAAAUGCUCUCUGGCGACGUGCGACAAGGAGUACGCGGAUCCGUCUGCCUUGUCGCGUCACAAGCACAAGCACAUCGCGGCAGGAGAGAUGGCUGGAUCCUCCUUCUCCUCCUUCUCGCCGAGAUCGGGUUUCUCGUCGUCGAGCUCGGCAUCGCCAUCCCCGAGUCCAAGUUCACUCGCACAAACGCCAGAGCCGGUGGACUUGUUUGGGCAGCGGACUCAAGAUGAGCUGUUCGCGGCUGUGAUGGAUCCAUCACUGGAUCGGAUCGCGGGCGAGGCUGCGUUGGACGCGUACUGUGUGGGCGUCACUUCAUGUGAGCCGCCGACGCUCGAUUACACGCUGGAUCCGUCGGAGAUGUUUUUCGGGGACUGUUACGGCGGGCUGGGGAUGGGCAACCUGGAUUUCUCCUUGGAUUCGUCGAAGAUGAUCUCCCCGGAGUAUGCGCCUUUCGACUUUCCGGUGUCCGGAUUCGAGUUCCACGAGCUGCUGGACAUGGACUACCUGCUCCCUGUGCCAUCAUCUUGGGAUAACUUGUUUUCAUUCUGAUAGACGGACCACCUCUUC